CUUCUCUUCACUAUGGCUAAUCCUUCCCUUCUUUCUCUUUCUGUUUGCCUUCUUAUUCUCUUCCAUGGUUGCCUAGCUUCUCGCCAGCAAGGGCAACAACAAAAUGAGUGCCAAAUCGAUCAGCUCGAUGCCCUUGAACCCGAUAACCGCGUUGAGUAUGAAGCCGGUAUGGUUGAAACCUGGGACCCUAACCAUGAGCAAUUCAGGUGCGCUGGUGUUGCUGUGGCUAGGCAUACCAUCCAACCUAAUGGCCUUCGGUUGCCAGAAUAUUCAAAUGCUCCUACACUUAUGUACAUUGUCGAGGGUGAGGGUAUGACAGGAACCUUAAUUCCAGGAUGUCCUGAAACUUACCAGGCACCCCAACAGGGACAACAACACGGACAGAGUAGUAGGUUCCAGGAUAAGCACCAAAAGAUUCAACGUUUCCGUAAAGGUGAUAUCAUCGCAUUGCCCGCAGGAGUUGCAAACUGGUGCUACAACGAGGGCAAUUCCCCAGUCGUCACUGUUACUCUUUUAGACGUUUCAAACAGUCAAAACCAGCUUGAUAUGUACCCAAGAAAAUUCAAUCUGGCUGGUAACCCAGAAGAUGAGUUCCAGCAGCAGCAACAACAGCAAUCUCGCGGGCGUAGACAAAGCCAACAGAAAUCUUGCAACAACAUUUUCUGCGGCUUCGACACAAAGAUCUUGGCUGAGGUUUUCCAAGUGGAACAACGUCUUGUAAAGCAGCUCCAAAACGAGAAGGACAACAGAGGUGCCAUUGUUAAAGUGAAGGGCGACCUUCAGGUUAUCAGGCCACCAAGGAGACAGAGCGAGCGUGGAUUCGAGAGUGAAGAGGAAAGUGAGUAUGAAAGAGGCCGAAGGGGACGUGACAAUGGUCUUGAAGAGACCAUUUGCACCAUGAAACUCAAAGAGAACAUUCAUGAUCCUUCUCGCUCUGACAUUUACACCCCAGAAGUUGGUCGUAUUACCUCCCUCAACAGCCUUAACCUCCCAAUCCUCAAAUGGCUCCAACUCAGUGCUGAAAGGGGUGUGCUCCAAAACAAUGCUCUGAUGGUGCCACACUGGAACUUCAACGCACACAGCAUAGUCUACGGCUGCAAGGGUAACGCCCAGGUUCAAGUAGUGGACAACUUUGGCAACACAGUGUUCGACGGGGAAGUCAGCGAGGGACAGAUCUUUGUGGUGCCACAAAACUUUGCGGUCGUGAAACGUGCAAGAGGACAAAGAUUCGAAUGGAUUUCAUUUAAGACAAAUGACCGGGCCAUGAUAAGCCCACUUGCUGGAUCCACCUCGGUGCUUCGUGCCAUGCCAGAGGAGGUACUGGCCAAUGCAUUCCAGAUCUCAAGAGAAGAUGCUAGGAAGAUCAAGUUCAACAAUGAGCAGCCAACUUUGUCAUCUGGACAAUCAAGCCAACAGAUGAGGGACGAUGCUUAAAUUUGAUGUAAUGCUAGUGAUGUUAAGCGACAUGCAUGCACGUACUUAGUGUUUUUUGGUUUUUGAAGGGGUAGGUAGUGCAUAAUAAAGGAGAGCUUAGAUAAUCUCUGCUAUGGGUGGAGACAGGAGAGAGCUUUUGUAUGUAGUUCAGUUAAAUAACUACUACUACUAUGUGGAUGAACUUUUAAUGAGUUGUGUCUAAUAAAACUACUGUUCCUACU